AUGGCCGAACGACCCAAAAACCUGCAUCCCUCACGCUCCUUCACUCGCCUUGAAUCCGUGUCCCAGAGCCCGUUGUCGAUAAGUCGGGCCAGCACCAUGCCGGUGCCCGAAAUACCGGAAAUGCUAGAUCCACUCAAGGCCGUUCCGGUGCCAGAAGACGAUGAGGGCGAUGUGUUUCUGGAGUCCCUCACGGCCAAAGUCCAUCCCACUCCGCUGUCCGCCGAUGCCCUAUCAGACAUGUUCCAAGACUUUUACGGCCGCGCCUCUGGCAAAAUCAAUACACACAUAGCCACCCUCUCCGCUAGACUCACUAGCGAUGCAUUCGUUGCCAAUGCCAAGAGAGGAACCUCUCCUUCGAGUAGGCCAGGAUCGAUACGCAAGGGGAGCGACCCGUCAGGGGAACAACAGAUGCUUAGCGCGACUGAGAUGGCUGACCGCAAGAAGGCUAGAAGGUCUCUGGAGACAAAGCGAUAUGCACUCGAAGAGGCUGUGGAGCGGGCAGUAUGCGAGAAAGUAUACCAGCGGAUAUGGCGGCACAGGAGUACCGACGACGAGGAGAGAGACCAUAAGCUGAGAUCGCGUACGGCAUCUCUCGCCCUUGUCGGUAUCGGUCUGAACGAGCUUCUGAUGACUGGUGAGGAGCUUACCGAGGAAGAACGUGAGAAGGCAAAGGAGAAGGAACCCGAGAUUCGGGAGUACCUGUCGGCUGCCAGGCAGGAUUUGCUCAAGAUGAACGACGAGAAAUACCCUCUCGGAAAGGUUCAACAUCUGACUGCGGCACACAAAUCCAUCGUCGAAGCCCUCUCCAAGAUAUUCCCUGCAACUUCGUCUGCUGACGAGAUUCUCCCUACUCUCAUCUACGCACUCAUCACUAUGCCACCUGUUUACUUGAACGUUAUUAGCGAUUUGAACUUUAUCCAGCGCUUUAGGGGCUCUAGCCGGAUGGAUGGCGAGACGGCAUAUUGUUUGGUAAAUCUUGAAGCCGCCAUCGCGUUUCUAGAAACCGUUGACCUCUCUUCGUUACGGGCAGAGGAGGCCGCCCACAAGAAGCAGGAUUCGCGGCCAUCAACCCCAAAACAAGAGAUUACACCCAUGUCCUUGGGUCUAUCUGAAGCACCAGACCUGAUACAGACUCCUGCUACCCCCAUAGCAAGGUCCGUUCCGAAGGAGCCCUCAAGUCCAACUACAAACAAAGCUCAGCGGCGAUUGAGCAACCUUAUUCAGUCACAGACCAACAAGAUCGAAGCUGCCUCUGAUGCAGUUCGAGACUCUAUCCUUGAUUCAGCCGAUCAAGCAUUAGGGAGAAUAAAUACUACAUUAGACACAAGCUUCAAGUUCUUCUUCGGUGGUCUUAGAGACAAACACCCAGGUAGUCCUAUUCUAGAACAGCCGGUACUGCCCAAGACGCUAGAAGACGCAAUGAAACUUGUGAGCUCUCCUACUCGCGAGCAUAGGGAUGAAGACAAUUUGAGCGUCAGCGCUUCCAGCUCAAUUCAGGGUGAGGAGCAUCACGAGACUUCAAGCAAUAGGGGAUUAGGGCUGGAUGCGAAGAUGGCGGAUAUAUUUGCUGGCAAGAGACAGAUCAGAGAUCGUAGUGUCGAUUCUACAAAGUCGGGUGGCAGCACGAGCGGACGACGAGUCGCUUUUGCAUCUACACCAGCAGCCGAAGAGAAGGCAGCGUCGCCAGCGGCGGUCAAGACUGAACCCCCAGCGGCAAACACGUCCGCUGUUGACUCUCUUCGCAACAUGGGCAAUACUUUCAACCCCCUCAACCGCUUUUCUGGUAUAAACGUACUACCUCGCUUCGCGCGUGCUGUGAGUAGCAGUACGACGCCUGUUCUGGCAUCACCAGUCCAGGAACAGGCCAAGGCGUCACCCUCUCCUGAGCCUCUGAGCAGAUCAAACACAAAUGACAUGUUGCAAGCAGAUGAAAAGGGUGUGAGGGCAGUCGCUGCGUUGGAGCAACUAAAGAAAACACCACCGCCUAUGAAGCGGUUUGUAGAAGCUAAAGAUGCGCAAGACUUGAAGUUGAAGGAGGUAGAGGAGCUGCUAAAGGAGUAUCAAAGGUUGGCCGGCGCAUUAAGAGGGGCUAUCAAUUAUUAG